AUGAAGGGGCUGUGUUGGGUCACCCGGGUUCUUCUGAAACGCAAAACACCGUCUACAGUGAGCAACGAAGUCAGUGUGCUCUCGUCCGUCACAAAUACUCCCUUUUCUUCAUCGUGUCAGGCCAUACUGCGAGCGGUAGCGAGGACAAGACACUAUGUGAAGAGGUACUGGGUGACGCUGCCACAGUCACGCCGCACUUGCAAUGCGGUGGUACUCCCUGGCGAGUCCCCGACGGUGAUACACCUGAAUGUGGAAAAGGUUUUGCCCUUCACAACAUUACCCAAGAAGAUACAGAAGCGCAUCAUGGAUGAGCACCCACCAUUUUUUGGCUCUGGUGUUGGUAUUCUUUCCACACGCAUGAAGUGGAAGGCCGUUACGGCGGAGCGCCUAAUAAGGCUCCUGAAUGAAGAUGAAGAAGAUCGUGCGUUGUACAUUGAUGUUGCCAUUGCGGAUCAGCUAGGCGUGAAAGUGAAUGCAAAGGAUGCCAUUGAUAUCCGGAAACAAAGUUCAAUUUCAGUGUACAAUGCUGAACAGCUGGAUGAUCCGUACAAGGGAGAGCCACAAAAGGGAGUUGCUUUGAAUGCAAUGACAGGAAAAAGACUUGGACAACCGGCUCACGAUAUCCUUCUUGCUGUGGGUAUCAUGCGGGGCUACACUUCACCCAUGUGGGUGGCGGAAAAGCAGCUCAAACAUCUGAAUUUGGAGGUACGCGAGAGCCGCAAAGGUGAGGGUGUACUAGCUCCUAAUAUGACGGGAUUGAUUGUCUCUCUCUCACAGCUUCCAAAGGACGCACAACAGAUGUUAUUAAAAGAGCUACGCGAAAACCACUCCGAUGCCUUUGGGUUUGAUCUGUACUUUCUUUACAAUGUAAAUGGAUGGGAGGUAAUGCGGUCACGGGUUCUUGUUAAGCAUAUGGCGGCGGUGAACGAUUCCCAAUAUCCAUACCAUUUUGUUAAUUUGCGAGAUUUUGGACUGCAAAAUGUGAAAUUUGCCGAUUUUGCUGGAGAGUGUCAACGGAAAUUAAAACCCUUGGGCCCAGAAGUGCUGGAUACAGAGACAACACAGGACGACAAAGCCGAUGAGAAUAAGAAUGAGGGGAGAGGAGGACUUGCCCUUCAGAUUGCUCGUUUCUCAGGCGGACGUGGUUCAAAGGGAAGGGGUGUCUCGACAAAGGUUUUUUUUGCGGAGGACGCCACACUUCGAAGAUACUACAACGCUGUGUGCUUGUCGGAACCCCAUUUAGCCGUUCCCGCAGUGCGUUCAGUUGCCAUUCUAAAUGGCAAACUUAUUGGUCGUCGCGACGAGGCCAAACUGCGUUCCUUUGCUCUCAAGCACAAAUUUUCUAGCCCUAUUUGGGUGACACCGAUAGGUGCCAGGCGCAUGGGAGUCGGAAUCGAGAAAAAGCAUCUCAACAAGUUUGUUGCGAUUGGUGCGGGGGCAGUGGAGGAUCAGGGCGACGAUGUAGUCGAAGAGUUUUACAAUUUGGAUGAUUUUGCCGACCCCAAUGAGAUUCUUUCUAUUUUUCCAAAGAAAAGUAAAUCGGCGCACUUUUUACUGGACUCUAAAUGGCGUCCUGUUUUGGGUAAGCAACGUCAGGAUUACCUGACUUCCCUGAAGCGUUCGACACCGCUUUGGAUUUCAGUGAACGAGUGCCUCAUGUCAGGGUUUGAGCCCAAGCCAGAAUCUCAGUCCUUCUCGUUCCCGUCAGAAAAGAGGUCAACUGGCUCUUCUGGAGGUAUAAAACUGUACAAUUCUCAGCUUACAACUGACCCUGUUCGGGUUAUAGGGCUAGCCACGGUAUACACAAGGCCUCAAGGCCACACUCUAUAA